UGAUUUUCUGAAUGAACAUCGGAGAUUGUAAAUAUCUGUGAAAAUCUAAAAAUCUGCGCCACAAUUUCGUUAAGUUACCAAUUAUCUGUUUAAGAAUUUUGAAGAAUUUCGAUGCGAUUUGUGAAAUUUCUGUCAAAUUUCUCAGUGAAAAAUGUUAAAAGAUUUGAAUUUUUACACAUUCAAUAAUAAAUUAUAAAGCUUCAUAAUCACUGGUCAAUGUUGGUGAAAAUCGAAGUAUCGACCCGCAAGAACGACAGAUUGAAAGCUCCUGCCGUCGUCGGGACGCUCAAUAAUCACGACAGAGUUUUACAAUGGCCAACGAAAGGAUAUCAGGUCGUUACAGAACAUCGUUACCAGUUCCGGGACAUUCCGAAGUAAAUCUGUGCUCAAUGACACUCCAGCUGGGCAAAGACAUCAGCAAGACCAGCAUGCCGGUCAUCUUUAACGAACCUCUCUCUUUCCUGCAACGCGUCGCGGAAUAUAUGGAGUAUGCCGUAUUGCUCAAGCAGGCAUCCCAGCAAGAAUCGCCAGUCUUAAGGCUUCAGUACGUCGCAGCUUUCGCUGUGAGUGCCCUCGCUUCGAACUGGGAGCGCUUUGGAAAACCUUUCAAUCCAAUUUUGGGCGAGACAUACGAGCUGCAACGCGAAGAUUUCCGGAUAAUAUGCGAGCAGGUUUCGCAUCAUCCACCAGUGUCCGCGUUCUACGCUGACAGUGACGAUUUCAUCUUUCAUGGCAGCAUCCAUCCUAAAUUGAAAUUUUGGGGGAAAUCACUGGAGGUUCACCCGAAAGGAAUUGUCACGGUCGAAUUACCCAAAUGGAAGGAGUCCUACACUUGGCAAAACGUCAAUUGCAUCCUUCACAAUGUCUUGGUAGGCCAAUUAUGGAUGGAGCAGUCAGGCCCUUUGGAGAUCAGACAGCACGGAGGGGAUAAUUUAAAAGCUAAGCUAUGCUUUGUUAAAAGUACCUUGAAUGGCAAGGACGUCCAUCGCGUCGAGGGAUUCAUAACAAAUCAAGAGAAAAGAAAAUUAUUCUUCCUUUACGGCCAAUGGACCGAAAUUUUACGAUCGUGCGAGACCUCAUUGUACGAGGAAACGCUGGAAAAGAUCAAAUUAGAGGCCAAAAGCCCACAAGGCAGUCCAGGACAUAAGAAAGUUUUGGCAAAGCUUCACAGUCUUAAAGUUGGAGCUUUCAAGCCCUUGCAUCAGGAUGCAAUAGAGGAGCCCUUUGGCAAUACAGUCGUUGACGACAUUCCGAUUGUAGACGAGAUUCCAGGAUCUGUCACACUGUGGGAAGCUACACCAAGACCCAGCAAUAGUUCGGAUUAUUAUCAAUUUACGACGUUCGCGAUGUCACUGAAUGAAUUGGAACCUGAUAUGGGAGAAAUCCUAUGUCCGACCGACUCUAGAUUAAGACCGGAUAUUCGCAAGCUGGAGAACGGCGAUCAGGAUGGGGCUGCAUCUGAAAAAACUAGGCUGGAGGAGAAACAGAGAAAUAGCCGCAAAGCGCGCAAGCAGAAGAAAGGAAACGAAUACGCUCCCAGGUGGUUCCAGUCUGGUAUAAGUCCUUAUACUGGCCAAGAAGAUUGGAUAUAUUUGGGUGGAUAUUGGGACCGUAAUUAUACCGAUGUCGAGGACAUCUUUUAAUGAAGACGGAGUUCGUUAUCUUCCAUUAAUCCGAUUAACGCUCACCGAAGAUCAGUAAUUGAGCGUCAUUAGUGAAAAAUUACAAAUAAAUUGCCUAAGAGGACAGGUGCGUAGCUCGAUAAUAGACGCCAUUAGAAAUCGAUGUCUUUGUGUAAAGUAAUUAAAAGCAGAUCUUGCGUACGAGAUUCUUCGAGCGCAAAUUUGGAACUGGGAACUUCGUUCCAUGCUCUUCGACGUGGGAAGAAAGUGAAUAGAAGAUACAACCGAAUAUCAUUCGAAAACCAAUUUCUGAGAACCAGAAUUUAUGGUUUUCGAACAUUCGAUUGUAUCAUUGAUUCGCGCUUCCUGUCUACUAUUUUUAUAAAAGGCCAUGUUGGAUCGGAAAGGCGAUUCUUUCAUAGUAUCCCUGCUUGAAGAAGCCAGUAAGAGACGACAGACGAACUGAUUUGAAGUUUAUAUAGGAUUCUCCUUCCUAAGUUUUGAAAUGAUAUCAUAAUUCAGGAGCACUCUAUGUAACUUCAAUACAGACUGUUGUUUCAGUCUAGGUUUCUCGGUUAAACCAUCAAAUAUUUAUCCACACGUUUAACGCUUUUCUAUCUGUCAAUUCAACCAAGUUACGUUCGACGUUAAUACGAGAAUCGGAUUUAGUUCUAUCCGAGGAAAAAAAUAUUCUUGUAUAUUUAUAUCAAAAAUAUACUUAAUAGAAAUGUCGUAGAAAUCUUGUAUCUUAUCAAUUGAGAAUCUGAAAUUUAGAUCGACGAAUGAAUCAUUUUUUCACAGUGAAAACAAAAUAGUGAAUGAUAUAACUUAUUUAAAAAUAUUUAAAGAUAUGCAUAUAUCUAUACAAAAUCUGAUAUUGUAAACAUCAAAACUAUGAUUGUGUCGAUUUUCUUUUGUGUGAUUCUAUCGAACUUUUUGAGCAGGAACACCGUAGAUUUUCAUGUAAAUAUACAGCGAUUAUAUAAUACAUUGUACUAAAGUCAGAUGGGCCGAACGAUUUUGAGCGACAGCUUCAAGCAAUAAUUAUUUAUCGUAAAAACUUUAUGCGUUAUUUUCGAUUUUUAAUCUGGAAAAAUCACCGAACUUCAGCUAUUGCGAGACGCCACGUUGGAAAGAAGUGGGAUUUCAUGUUUCUCACACUGAGAAAAAUAUCUGGUUGAAAAUAGACGAAUCAGAAGAUUCUAAUUACAUCAAUCAGAAUUCCAAUUUAUAUCUUAACUAGAAUUCUAGAUUUAAGAAAAUUCUGAUUCGUCUAUUUUUAACCAGAAUUAAUUCAACCAGACAUUUUUCUCAGCAUCUUUUGGUGCCAAAGAUUCUAAGAAUUCUAAGGAAAUAUCACACAUAAAGAUUGAAAACACCGCAAAGGAUCCAGUAUGUGUAUAUAUUUGCGGAAUAAACUACGUUGUUGCUUCCAAAUAGAUAUGUAUCUUUUGCGCGAUAGAUGCUUCUUAGGGUAAAACUUUCAGACAAAUACUUUGCGAGUCGUAUGUGCGAUGUCACUGCUUAAUUUAGGAAGGACGACAAUAAUUUGAGGUUCUCGUAGAGCCGAAUGUGUUUUACAUCGUGGAAGAACAUCUGAAUUCUAACUUAUGCUAUAAAAUAAGCCAGAAAUGAUCCUUCUUAUAAUAUAUAAUCAAUCGAGAGACAUUUUUUGGGACAGGCCGAAAACAGAAGAUGGAAAGUAAAUUGGGAAGAAAAGGAACAAAACUUUUCUUGCUCUUAUGAAAUUUUUAUGAUUUUUUAGUCAUAAUAUUCGUUGAAUGAUAUUUUUGGGAUUCGGUAUGAUUUGGAAUUCAGAUCCUCGAAUUAUAAUCCUACCAGUUCGCCGAGCUGAUGAGUAGCAUGCGCUACUCCAGCUUGAGUUCAUCAUUUGCAGAUGAUAUAACUUCGGUUCGAAUCACGCAGCCUUCAAGUAUACGAACUCAUCACUUUAACCGUGAAUGAGUUUACGAUAUAAAUAUACACACAAAUAUAUACAUAUAUAGUAUAUGAAUGCACAUAUCUGAAACACCUGAUAGGAUUUCUAUGCUUCCAUAAAGGAACGGCGAUGCGAAUGAUUUAUACGUCGAUGAUAUGAUCAUACUCUACGGUGAUAAUCACCUGUGAGGACCUUAUUGUUAAAAAUCGCGCACGUAGUAUGUAGGAAUUCGUUGUGUUUUUGUGUUGCAUAGAUCAUGUUAAUGUGUAACUGUACAUAGAUAAUAGCCAUAUUAGAAAUAAAUGUUGUUAAGAAAGAG